UGGCUAUGGAAUUCCCAUCAGAAGACAUUUUUUUAAUGACAGCUUCUCCAGUUAUAAAAGCUGUAACGAAUUUCAAACAGGUCUCCAAAACACUUGAGGAAUUUGAUGUAGAAGAGCAACCAAGUUCUCUAUUAGAAAAACGAUAUCCCAAUAUUAAAGUUAUACAGUCUGGAGUAAAACAGUUGAAAAGCGAUGACCAUAAAAUUGUCACUGAAGAUGGGGAGGAAUAUAUGUAUGAAAAACUUUGCCUGUGUGCUGGAGCAAAACCAAAAUUAAUUUUUGAAGGAAACCCAUAUGUGUUAGGAAUCCGAGAUACAGACAGUGCACAGGCUUUUCAGAAGAAUUUGGCUCAAGCUGAGAGAAUAGUAGUGGUAGGAAACGGUGGCAUUGCACUUGAAUUAGUGUAUGAAAUUCAAGGCUGCGAAGUAAUCUGGGCUAUCAAAGACAAAGCCAUUGGGAACACUUUUUUUGAUGCAGGAGCAGCUGAAUUUCUCAUUCCAAAGCUAACUGCUGAAAAACGAGAGACUCCAAUCGAAUGUAAAAGAACCAAGUAUACAACGGAAGGAAUUGAGGAAAAAGAAAGACCUAUAGCAGCAUCUGACAAACUGGGCAGUGCCUUAGGCCCCGAUUGGCAUGAGGGCUUACAUCUUAAAGGGACUAAAGAGUUUUCUCAUAAAGUACAUAUUGAAAUACUAUGUGAAGUAAAGAAAAUACACUUACAGCAAGAAUUUAUACAACUGCAACGGACUUCUUUGACUUUUCCUAAGGAAGAGAAAAAUGUGGAACCAGAUGAGGUGCUAUGGCCUGUAUAUGUGGAAUUAACUAAUGGAAAAAUUUAUGGAUGUGAUUUCAUUGUCAGUGCAACUGGAGUUGUGCCAAAUGUUAAACCAUUUCUUGAUGGCAAUAAUUUUGCUGUAGGUGAAGAUGGAGGUCUUAAAGUAGAUAAACACAUGCACACAUCCCUACCAGAUAUAUAUGCAGCUGGGGAUAUCUGCACGGCGUCGUGGGAACCUAGUCCGGUGUGGCAUCAGAUGAGACUGUGGACUCAGGCUAGGCAGAUGGGAUGGUAUGCAGCAAAAUGCAUGGCAGCAGAUACUUUGGGAGAAUCUAUUGAUCUGGAUUUCAGCUUUGAACUAUUUGCUCACGUUACAAAAUUUUUCAAUUACAAGGUGGUGGUUUUGGGAAAAUACAAUGCUCAGGGCUUGGGUUUAGACCAUGAACUGAUGCUGAGAUGUACCAAGGGACAAGAGUACGUUAAAGUAGUGAUGCAGAACGGCCGAAUGAUGGGAGCUGUGCUGAUUGGUGAAACGGACUUGGAAGAAACCUUUGAAAACUUAAUUUUAAAUCAAAUGGAUCUUUCAGCCUACGGUGAAGAUCUCCUGAAUCCAGAUAUAGAUAUAGAAGAUUAUUUUGAUUGAACAAAAACCCAUUUCCAUUUUGUAUAUAAAGUUUUGACACUGAUUAAUAUGUCUUAUAAAACUGCUUCCUUGGGAUUAUGAGAAAUGAGGGAUAAAUGCAAUGCCUUACAAAGAUUUUGUAUAGAUCUUGUCAAAAUACUGACCAGCAAAUGAAAUUAAUCUGUGUAGAAAUGCAGCAACAAAACCAAGUUUAUUAAUGUUGGCAAAGAGUUUUUGUCUACAUCAGAUGAGCGUAUGAGAACAGGGUUAGAACAGUCAUAAAAAGUGGGCUUCACUGUGCUGUUCCCUUGCACUGCAUUCACUUGAACGCAAGGCAGCCUUCACUUUUAAAAAGUAAAUAAAACA